GGCCGCCAGGAGCGUGGGGCCUAGCUCCGCCCCUCCAGGCAGCGCCCUCUAUUUGACAGCGGCCGCGGAAGUGCCCGGGCUGCGUGGGACCAGGCAGCGGCUGGCUCGGCGGCGAACCCUCUCUAGGGGCUAAGAUGGAUCUUGUUCUCAGUGCUGCAGAUUAUUAUUUUUUUACACCAUACAUAUAUCCAGCCACAUGGCCAGAGGAUGACAUCUUCCGACAAACUAUUAGUCUCCUGAUUGUUACAAAUCUUGGUGCUUAUAUCCUUUAUUUCCUCUUUUCAACGCUGAACUAUUAUUUUGUCUUUGACCAUGCAUUAAUGAAACAUCCACAAUUUUUAAAGAAUCAAGUCUAUCGAGAGAUUAUGUUUGCUGUCCAGUCAUUGCCAUGGAUAAGUAUUCCCACUAUUUUAUUGUUCCUGCUGGAGUUGCGAGGCUACAGCAAAUUAUAUGAUGACGUAGGAGAGUUUCCAAGUGGCUGGUUUCACCUCGUUGUUAGUGUGCUGUCCUUCCUCUUUUUCACGGACAUGCUGAUCUACUGGAUUCACAGAGGCCUUCAUCAUAGACUCGUAUAUAAGCACGUACACAAACCUCAUCAUACCUGGAAGAUUCCUACUCCAUUUGCAAGUCAUGCUUUUCACCCCUUGGAUGGCUUCCUUCAGGGUCUGCCUUACCAUAUAUACCCCUUCAUCUUUCCAUUACACAAGAUGGUAUAUUUAGGCUUGUAUAUCUUGGUCAAUUUCUGGACAAUUUCUAUUCAUGAUGGUGAUUUUCGUGUCCCCCAAAUCUUAAGGCCAUUUAUUAAUGGCUCCGCUCACCAUACAGACCACCACCUUUUUUUUGACUGUAACUAUGGACAGUAUUUCACAUUGUGGGAUAGAAUUGGAGGCUCAUUCAAAAAUCCUUCCUCCUUUGAAGGGAAGGGUCCACUUAGUUAUGUAAAGAAGAUGACAGAAGAAAAGUGCGAUGGGCAUGCAGGAAAUGGCUGUAAAAAUGAAAAAUUAUUCAAUGGAGAAUUUACAAAGACUGAGUAGAUAAUUGCCCAAUUAUUAAAUAUUUUUAAUAAGGAAAAAUAAUCUAUAUAUAGCCAAGAGACAUAGCAAGUAAAUGGUAUCAUUUGAAAAUCAGCAUUGUGGGUCGUGCUGAGGAAUGAUCGUAAUGGUAGAUCAAGGGAAGAUGCUGUGAACACCAAGAUUUUAACCUCAUGCUUAAAAUACUAGGUGUUAGUCUAAGGGACAACUUGUAUCUUUCUAGCCAGCCGAUCUGUGAUUUGUAUAGCCUCAACAACAAUUUUUAGAAAGAUAGAGAGAGAAUACAUUAUUGAGGGGACUAGGUUAUGUCCUUUUGCCUUAAUCCACCAUAUUCAUUAAGAAAAAUUCAUUGUGCUUAAUAAUACCAAGACUAAGCACCAUAACAAAGAAAUACUAAUAUAAAGAUGGUUCCUUGUUUCAGGAAUGGUUAAGUCUUCAAUGUCAGUAUGAUUUGUUCAAGUGGAAAUACCAGUGUGCGAAAAAAUUCUGAUAUAUUAGUGGCUGUGUAAGUGACCUAAUUAAUAGCAGGUGCAAUAAGAGUAUCGUCUUCCUACGCAUAGGAAGCUUAUUCUCUGGAGACAUUGUCAAAUAUUACAUCUUGCUGAUGAAUAUAUAAAUUGAAAUUUUACAAAAUAAUUGAUACUCUCUGAUUUAAUCCAGAUCUGGGCUUAUUUAACUAAAGAUUUUGAUGGUUAUUGUUUAAAACCAUUAUUUAAUAAGUGUGAAAAUAUGUGAAUCUGAAUAUAGUUAGAAAGGAAAUAUGAUGCCCGAAUAAUAUAUUCGACACUGCUGAUUUUUUAAUUAAAUUGAUGCACUGCACUUUUGAUAUGUUUCAAUGUUACAAACCUAUAAUUUUCUAUAAAAGGACAUAAUUGCCAAAUAUUUAGGUCUGUCACUGAAGAUUAGUUUUGUGACCUUAUUCUCCCCUCUUCUUCCCUCACUUCUCCCCACUUCCUCUGCAAAAAGAUUUAACAUGUACUUUCGUAAAGAAAUGUAUGUUGUGACGUAAAUAUAUUGGAAAAACGUGGUUUGCAAGGCAUUCUAUAAGAUAUUUAUAUAAAAUCAAUAAAAGUUGAUUAUGACUAUUA